UGUAUUGGUGGAGCUUUGCUCAUUAAUCUACUAUUCGGGGCAUUGAAUAAUAUUUGGGUAAUCUUUCCUUGUCUCUUUGCAGAUUCUAUCCCCAAAUGAAGAUGGGGCAUAUACUAGCUUCUCUUGAAGUAAAGCCAGGGUAUGAUGCGUAUGUGAUUGACUUCAAUGUCCCAAAGAACACUCCUGCAGAAGGGAUAGUUAGGCUGUUUGUAGCUCAAAUGGAUAGUAGUAGUACAGAGACAUCCUCAUGUAUUAUAAGUCCCCCACAAGUUAACUUCUUGUUGAAUGGAAAGGGAGUAAACAGAAGAAUUAAUGUCUCAAUGGACAAUGGACCGCAGUUUCCUACAAAUGUGACUCAUAUGCUUAAUGUUGGAACAAAUCUUCUACAAGUUAUUGGCCACUUUAAGGGCAAUUACAUCAUAGUCAUAGCCUUCAUGAGUGUGAUAUUACACCCUGGUGCACCUGUGCUGCAAGAUUACGUUCAACCUGUUGCUGCGGCUGAUUCAGAUUCUGACAUAAUUGAGGGGCCAUCACGAAUAUCUCUCAAAUGUCCCAUAAGCCACACACGGAUUAGAACUCCUGUCAAAGGACAUCUUUGCAAACAUCAUCAGUGUUUUGAUUAUGACAACUUUCUGGAAAUAAACUCUAGAAGACCAUCCUGGCGCUGCAUUCAUUGCAAUCGGUCUGUCUGCUACACUGACAUACGUAUCGACCAGAAUAUGGUUAAGGUCUUGGAAGAGGUAGCAGAUGGUGUCUCUGAUGUGAUUAUCUCAGUGGAUGGGUCCUGGAAGGCAGCCUGUGAAGGUAAUGACCAAGAACAUCAGCCACAUAGUGGUACUCUGAGUUAUGAAAAUGAUGGCCCUGAGCAGCAUGGGUUCUCAAAAAGCACAGCUAAUGUUAUGGAUCUUACUGGGGAAGAUGAUGAAGUGUAUACUGCAAAUCUGUGUGAAACUGAAGACAGGAAACCCUUCUGUGAUAAUUUUCAUGGGUAUUCUGUGCCUCCGGCGAUCAACACGGGUGCUGAGGUGGUUCUAAAUUCUGCUCCUCAAAUUGACAAUAAUUGCUGGGAGAGUAUUCUAAAUUCUUUUCCUCAAAUUGAAGAAGAUUUCUGGGAGAGAAUUUUAUUGUCUACUUCUGGUGACACUCUUAGACGAACAGCCUCCAGCAGUAUGGUGGAUGCUCAUGUCGCUGGUGGCACUUCAGAGUCCAUUCCAACCAAUUUUAUGCCAUCUCCUGUGCUAACUGAUGCUAUCACUCCUGCCCUUAAUCGAGAAGUUGCUGAUGCCCAGUGUACUCAACUCACAAUUUCUGUACAACCAGAUCAAUAUUCUUCCCCCUACAUGCAGUUACAGCCUUCCCAAUUUGGUAAUUCAAUUGUCAACAGUGAAGCUGGAAGGCUAGCAAUACCCCGAAAUAUUAGCAGAAUUCCUACAGCAAUUCAGGCCCUUCCCGCUCAGACUCAAGUGCCCAAUUUGAAUCAACCACUGCGAACGAACAUGAAUUCUUUUCUGCCAAAUGGUGCCCCUCCUAUUUCUCAGAGUGUAAUGGUCACAGAUGGUUUCAGUGCCGUUGGUGGUGAGACAGAAAGGCAGCAACAUUUCUCAAGGUUAAUAAGGAAUCCUCUGCCAAUUUCAGACGUUGCGCCAUCUUCAAUGCAGCAUCCCUCGAUGAUACAGAGAUUGGAUCAACAACGACCACACGUUCCUACUCAAUCACUGCCACAGGGGGUUGGCCUUCCUGGUUAUCACAGAAGUUCCUCCCAGCUUACACAGCAGCAGCGGCCUUUGAACUGGAGGUCGACUCAAAAUAUGAACCAGCCUUCAAAUCUGGUGCGGCCAUCUCAUUUUCCACCAACCCCUCCCGCACAAUUGGGUUCCCAGACGAGGUGCCCCCCUUCCCUCUACCCUCGGAUCCCUCCUGGAUUUCGAACUGCGCAGAUGGCUAGACCACCAAAUAUGCCAGUUCAACCCCAGCUACCCCAUGCAGGAUCUUCUUUACCAAUGCCAAUGGAUAAGCAGACAAGAGGAAAUAUGGUGCAACCUGUCUCUAGGUCAGAUGCGUCAGUGGAACUUCCAUCAGAGCAGAACUGGCAUCCCACAGGGAGAAUGAGGGGAAGCCUCACAGGGCAGGCUUAUUCUGCUGCUCUUAGCAAAUACAAGGGCCAAUCAACUCCACCAGCUCCAGUUUCCGGUCCAGCAACCAGUCAAAGUUCAAUCCCUUCUGGUCCUUCCCAGCUACAGGUGCCCGCCAGCAGUACAACAUCAAGGAAUCUCCCCAACAAGCUUACUUGAGGACAGGAGAGGCAGCAAGCAGGCCUGGGAGCUUGGGUGUUCAUCCUGGACAUUUUAGGGGGACACAUUGAGGAUAAUCUACUGUUAGUUUUUAGUCCAUUCUGUGAGUGUAAAGAUGUUAGUCAAUUUUGUAUCUCAUUGCCACGUUCUUGUAGAGUUGCUUUUUGAAUUUCUUAGGUCUGGGAUGGGCUUUAAAUGGGUUGGUAUGUAGAUUAGUGUGUAUUACUGGGUGUAUGGGGAGAAAGUUUUGUUAAAUUAAAGGUGACUGCAAUUUUUACAUUUUGUGCUCUGUGCCUGUCCAUUUAUGGUAGGUGAGAAACCUUAAUGGACUCUUUGCAGGAACAUUCAAUGGACUCUUUGUAACAGAGUUUGGAGACAUAUUAGUCAAUGUGAGUUGGUAAAGAAACCUUUUUAACAA